AUGCACUUGCAAGUCUUGGGAUUGCUGCUUUGUUUAACAGCCUUCGGAUCUUCGGCCUUCGAUCGUGAGUCGCUCAGUAAGCGAUCCUAUGAUCUUAUAAAUGAGAAGCGUUCCGUACAGCUGAAAGAGAAUCCUGUAUUUAUGGAUCGCCUGCUGUUUUCCCAGACGUCCUUCAACGAUCUAAUGAGAUAUUCCCGAGCCAGUUUAACUCAACCUUUUACACCAUUUGAAAAGCGUGUGAUACGCUUAUUACGUAAAUUGGGAUUAUUGAAAAGCGAAGCUGAAAAAUUUCUGGAUGAACUGGAAAACGAUAAGGAACUAUUAGAAAAAUUGAAAAAGUUACUCGAUGAGGUGGACAGGGAACAUGAGUCCGAUGACUUCCUUGAUGACUUUUACGAACUAUUUUUUUCGAAAAAUAAGCAAUAG